CCUGCGCUCUCGCUCCGAUCAUCCUCGGGAGGUGGACGCACGCAGCUUGGUGCGACUUUUCCUCUUUUUAUCUUCUUCUCUUACAUCAUUUUAUCCACGAAGAUCUUUUUGUAAGGUGUUUCUACCCCCCGGUAAGUUUGUUUUUGAUGGUGAUCCACAUCGGACAGUAAAACGGUGAUGGCAGACUCUGAUGCGCAGGAGACUCGCCAACCCGCAAAAGACUCUCCCUUCUCCAUAAAGAACCUGCUGAACAUCGAGGACAAACCCGCGAAGCAGAAGAGCUUCCUGGGCUCGUCCAGAGGAGUGUUUGAGGGAAGCUUCUUCUCUCGGCUCGGUGAAUUAUCUUUCCCUCGGUUUGAGCUGCCCACGGCACAGAGGAUUGGACUCUCGGGGCAGUAUCUGGACAGAGCGUCUACCUGGUGGUACCCGUACACGCUUGGGGCUCAUCUGAGGACCGGAGGGUCUGAGAAGGCAAACCCGAGGGAUGCAUCACCGGCACCGGACAGGCGCUCCCCGGACCUCCAGAAAAGUGACCUGCAGGAUGUCAAAGAGGAGAGCGCCGACGACGAGGUCACGCUGGACGAGAGCGACGCGGAGGAACCGAAGAGAGAGCUGGACCCGGAGGACGACUGGAGGAAAAAGACAGACGAGCUGGACGCCGACAAGAAGCCGUGUCGGAAGAAGAAGACGCGCACUGUGUUCUCCCGGAGCCAGGUGUUCCAGCUGGAGUCCACCUUCGACAUCAAGCGCUACCUGAGCAGCUCGGAGCGCGCAGGCCUGGCCGCGUCCCUGCACCUGACGGAGACGCAGGUGAAGAUCUGGUUCCAGAAUCGGAGGAAUAAGUGGAAGAGGCAGCUGGCUGCGGAGCUGGAGGCGGCCAACCUGAGCCAUGCGGCGGCGCAAAGGAUUGUGCGGGUUCCCAUACUGUACCACGAGCACGGGGCCCCAGAGUCGACCGGGGGGCCCUCUGCAAACUCACCGGGUAACCAGUCGAUGCUGGCUUUUCCCCACCACAUGUACUAUUCCCACCCGGUGCCACUGCUGAGGCCUGUUUAACACUGACUGUGUCAUUCAGCUGUAAAUAUGUUUUUAAACGAGA